CCUGUUGUGCCGUCAGUUGCCACUCGCCAAAAACCCAACCCCGUCCGCGCAGCGAUAUUUUAUCUCAGUCUACGAGUUAUGACUCUUGACUCCGCCAGACAACAGAUCUCGUCUCAGUGGUGCGGAUACUUUUCUCCUGUUGGACUGUAUCAGGUUGCUGGACUUCCUCACAGGCUGUCUGUGUGAGCGCUUUGGGUCUAAUGCGCAAAGAUCUGCUGGGAUUUCUAUGAGGGGGAGUAGAAGGCACCCUGAGCGCGCAUUUGCACUGAAAUGCAUCUGUGUAUUUUUGAUCAUCCAGUACCUUAGAAGAAAUGCUUGCAUAAAGGCGAUUUUCCGGGAUUCAAUUGCUUAAAUUCUCUUCAGCACAAAUAUUCUACGUUCACCAGAGCCAACAGGUGCGCACUCGCGCUGCACAACAAGUUUUGAAGCCUUGGAGAGGUUUCCUUUUUCCUUAUCCUUAUUUUUGUUUUUAGAUAUGAAGAAUAACAUAUGAUAAAGACUAUGUGGAUUUUAGUCAUCGCUUAUUUUCUCCAAAUGUGUCCAAAACAGCAUUUGUUUCCCGUUAAUGACGCAUGUUUGUGGUGAUCCAGACCAGAGUCCAGCUUUGUGAUCGCCAACUUCCACUCAUCCAAAUGAUCCUUUCAUUAUUAAUCCUUCUUGCAUCGCUUCUCCAACAAUAUGGCACCGAAGCAGAGUCCAGUGAUAUCAGCAAGUUUCAACUUUCAAAUAUAAAGGAGCCAAACGGAGUGCAAGAAUCCAUUCAGGAAAAGGUCAUAACUGUGUCUGGAGAGGGAAUGAUCCACAGCCCAGACUUCCCACACACCUAUCCAAGGAACAGCAUGUUGGUCUGGAGACUGGUGGCAGCCAACAGCAUGAGGAUCCAGCUCACAUUUGAUGAGAGAUUUGGUCUGGAGGAUCCUGAAGAUGGAAUAUGCAAGUAUGACUAUGUGGAAAUAGAGGAUCCCACCGAGAAAACGAUCCAAGGUCGUUGGUGUGGGUCACAGUCUGCACCAAUAAGUCAAAAAUCUAGAGGCAACCAAAUCAUUGUACGGUUCAUCUCAGAUGAAUACUUCUCCUCAGAGCCAGGAUUCUGCAUACACUACUCUGCAAUUCCUGAGAUUGUAUCAGAGCCAGAAGUCCCAGCAGUCCUCCCCCCAUCCCUGCAGGGUGUUGAGGAGCUGUCAGAGGCAGUGGCGGUGCUGAGCACAGUGGAGGAUGUCAUGAAGUAUCUGGAACCAGAACGAUGGCAGCUGGAUAUGGAUGAGUUGUAUAAACCCACAUGGCACGUGUUGGGCAAAUCUUUCCUCCUAAACAAGAAAGCAAGAGGAGCUGAUCUCAACCAGCUGAGGGAGGAAGUCCGACUUUACAGCUGUACUCCGCGCAACUUCUCAGUGUCUUUGCGAGAGGAGCUGAAAAGGACAGAUGUCAUUUUCUGGCCCAGCUGCCUCCUUGUCAAACGCUGUGGUGGAAACUGUGCCUGCUGCUCUCAUCGCUGCUUUGACUGCCAGUGCAUGCCUGCCAAGGUUACAAAGAAAUACCACGAGGUUCUUCUGUUGAGACAUCGCAGUGGGACAAGAGGCCUGCAGAAGUCCAUCACGGAUGUGGCCUUGGAGCACCAUGAAGAAUGUUCCUGUGUCUGCAAAGACGACUUGGACUGACCUCAGAUUUUGAUAAAAGCGGGCAACAGAAGCAUGCAGAAAAUUAGAAAUGAACUCCUGCCGUCUGUAUCCCAUCCACUUCCAGUGGGAAGCUAACGAGAUUGUUCUUUCAUUCUCUUGUACUUUCACUAAUUGGAUGAAGCAGAACAGAGUAGAAUCUAAUAAGUCUUCUAAAUGGAUGUUACCAUUGGGGAAUAUAAAUGGUGUGCUCUAAGUAAAUGUUAGAAGAACAGAAAUUCACUGGAGCAGAUGUGGACUCUUACCAAAUGGACAUUCUUGCUUGA